CGAUUCUUCAAAUCGUCGUUUGAAUCUUUGUUUACAAAAGCAGAUAAGUCGUUUUGAAAAUUUUGUCUUGAAUCCGUAUCGAAAACAUGACAUGAGCGUGAGUUCGACCGUUUUGGUGCCAUCAAAAAGAUCGAAUAUAACAAAGGGGACACCCAGGCCUACAUUCUGUACGAUUCUAUUGAUGCUGCUACGGCUGCUGUGAAGGAAAUGCGUGGAUUCCUGUUAGGGGCACCGGAUCGUCGUAUUCGUAUCGAUUUUGCUGAUAACGGAACAACACCAUCGUUCUCGAAGAGCAGUGGAGGUUUUGAGGAAGGCGGAAUGGCAUGUUAUCGAAUGCAAGAAUUACCAGAAGUGGCACGGAAAUCUACCACAGUCUGGCAACGGGCGCUGAUUUUGAAGAGUUCACUAUUCCCCGCCAAGUUGCACCUAACGGACGGAGACAACGAAAUAGUGGACAGCCUGAUGAAGGACGAGGAAGGUAAACACCACCUUCGUAUUACUCAGCGACUACGCCUCGAUCAACCCAAGUUGGAAGAUGUGCAGAAGCGCAUAUCGACGUCAUCGGUAGCAUCGUCGGAUGAUGCCAGCGUUCAGACGCGUCCACUGCGUAAUCUCGUGUCCUACCUGGAGCAGAAAGAAGCGGCCGGCGUUAUAUCCUUACUCAAUAAAGAAACGGAAGCAACCGGUGUGCUCUACUCAUUCCCGCCAUGCGAUUUUUCGACAGAAUUGUUGAAACGAACAUGUCACAACCUCACCGAGGAGGGACUGAAGGAAGACCAUCUGGCAACCAACAAACAAUGAAGCAACCAGCCAACUAUCAAGGAACCAACUAAUCAACAGUUCUACCAACUAACAAAUCAAGCAACAACCAACAAAUCAAUCAACUAAUCAACCAAUCAAUAAACCAAAAAAACAACUCUAAUCAACCAAUCAGCCGACCAACCAUUCAAUCAAACGGUAAUGCAACCCAUCAACCAAAUAACCAACCAAUUAAGUUACCAACCAACUAAUCCAGCUAUCAGCCAUUCAAGCAAGCUACCAAUCAAUCAAGCAACGAAUCAACUAAUCAACCAACCAAGCAACCAUUGUAGCAACCAACAAAACAACAUAUCAACUAACCAGCCGACCAGCCAAUCAACAGGUAAAGCAACCAAUCAACCAACCAAAUUACCAACCAAUCAAUCAAUCAACCAACAAUGAAGCAACCAACCAAUCAAUCAUUCUACCAACUAACAAAUCAAGCAGCAACCAACCAACCCUGUCCAGCAGCGCUACGACGUCGAAGUUGCGGGGAUGUAAUUCAUCGUAGAUUAUCCUGUCGCAACCUACGAAGCCUAGCAACUUGCAGUUCCAUGUUCCAAGCUUCCAAUCGUGAUCCUUUAUUCGUCGCCUAGGUCGUUGCCGAUUGUAUCGAGUCGUAUUAUCUUCUAUGUCGUUCGUAAUGGUUGUUUUUAAAGGCGGCUUAUUGGGCCUGUGCAAACCUCCUGUCUCGUCGGAGGGCCGUCAUGUCAGGGCUGUUUAGCGUCCCGCCUAACCCCAGGACUUGGGCUUGUGCGCUUUGAGCGGCACACGGUCGCUUUCGCGGAACCUACUUGCGGAUACAUGCAGCUUUUUAUAGAGGUUAAACAAGGCAUACUGUCGAACCCCAUCACAUCCUAGGCAGGCGCCACAACUCGCAGAUGGCCUGGGGAGGUAUCGUCAAGCCCUUGGACAUAGUAACUGCUGCCCCCGACCAACCAACCCAUCAAUCAAAUAACUAACCAAUCAAUCAACUAACCAAUCAAGCAAUCUAGCAAUCAACUUAUUAACCAAUCAACCAAGCAACCAACAAAACAACUAAUCAACUAACAAACAAGCAACCAACCAAUCUACCAGUCAACCAACCAACCAACAAGGAAGUAACCAACCAAUAAUCAAGCAACCAACCAAUCAACCAUACUACCAACUAACAAAUCAAGCAGCAACCAACCAAUCAAGUAAGCUACCAAUCAACCAAGCAAUCAAGCAACCAAUCAACCAACCAAGUAAUCAACCACCAAGCAACCAACAAGACAACAUGUCAACUAUCCAGCCGACCAACCAAUCAAUCAACUAGCCAAACAACCAAUCAACCAAAUUACCAACCAAUCAACCAUUCUACCAACUAACAAAUCAAGCAUCAAUCAAUUAAAUAACCAACCUUUAAAGCAAACUACCAAUCAAUCAAGCAAUCAUUCAACCAACCAACUAAUCAAUCAAUCAAGCAACCAACAAAACAACAUAUGAACUAACGAGCCGACCAACCAAUCAAUCAACCAGUCAAGGAACCAAUCAACCAAAUUACCAACCAAUCAAGGAAUCAAUAAAAAAGCAACCAACCAAUCAACCAUUCUUCCAACUAACAAAUCAAGCAGCAACCAACUAACCAAAUAACCAACGAAUCAAUCAACUAACUAAUCAAAUAACCAAUCAUUCCAUCAAGCUACCAAUCAACUUAUUAACCAAUCAACCAAGCAACCAACAAAACAACUAAUCAACUAACCAGCCGACUAACCAAUCAAGCAACCAACCAAUCAACCAGUCAAGCAACCAACCAACAAUUCAAGCAAGCUACCAAUCAACCAAGCAAUCAAACAACCAACCAGCUAAUCAACCAAUCAAGCAACCAACCAAUCACCAAUCAAACAACCAAUCAACUAAAUAACCAACCAAUCAUUAUUAUUAUUAUUUAUUAUUCAUUUAAAGUUGAUUUUAAUAAUAUUAAUGUCGUAAGCGGAAUUGGAGAAUAAAGUGAGGCUACAGCGAUAAGACAAUAUCAGGAAUCAGGAUACCAUUGGGAAUGGGAAACAUGCUUUUGAGAUUUAUAAAACGAAUAUUUCUGUUUACCAAAUUUUAUUCUUCAAAUAUUAUUUUAU